AUGAAUCCGGAUACACUCCUAACCAUCCUAACGGCCCUGAACGCAACCAACAGCAGCUCGUUCAGUCCCCUGGAGGUGCUGCCGGACAUUGUGGUGCUGGAGUUUUCCGAAUCCAUAAUAACCAUUCUGGAUCGGAACUAUGUGUCCAGUCACUCGGCGACGAUGAUCACCCGGCGGGCCAAGGUCAGUCCCGAAACCGACCAACUGCAACUUGACAUCCUGAACAACGUUAUGCUGGAAACGUCCCACGAGAUAGCGUUCAUUUUCAGCACCACGGACGACAUACCGCGUCGUCCGUAUUUCUACAACGUGUUCUUCAUCGAUGGGUACGAGGCUUUUCGGAGCGUAUUGAAGGAGAUGACACCGGCUAGGUACGAUUACAGUGGCCAUUAUUUGAUAGUGCUUACGGCUCCGGAAAUUAUCGACGAGAUAACACUUCACGACAUGUUUGCGGAGUUGUGGUCCCUGAACAUUGUGAAUGUGGUGGUUGUGACAACUACCUUGGAUCAGUCGGAAGGGAUUGCAGAUGUGCUUCUGUACACCUACUAUCCGUACGUGGAAAAUCAGUGCGAACGAGACAACCCUGUGCUCCUGUAUCGAUGGCUAGCGGAUACUUUGUUCGAUCCGCACGUGGAACUGUUUCCGAAUAAGUUGUUGGAUUUUCACGGAUGUCCGAUACGUAUUGCGAGUUUCUACUAUCCACCUUACACGAUGAUCAAGAGAGAUCCUAAAACCGGUACAAAAACCUUGGAAGGCGUUGAAGGAGACCUGUUACAUUUGAUUGCUGACAAGUUCAACUUUACCGUUGAGUUAGUAGAAGUGGAAGAAAAGGUCAAAUGGGGAGUCAUAAAAAACAAAAAAGCCAUAUCCGGAGCUCUUAAAUUGACAGCCGAUGGAAAGGUCAACAUCUCGAUAGGUGCUUUUGCAAUGCGUGGAGAGCGUAUGACUCUGCUUAAACAAAGCGACAGUUACUACACGAUGAAAAUGUUAUUCGCUGUCCCUCCUGGCAGACCAUACUCAGCAUUCGAGAAACUUUUCCGACCUUUCUCCAUACUGACUUGGAUUAUUUUAUCUACAUAUUUGCUCUUGGGGUUCGUUGUGGUAUUCCUGCUGAAAUUCUGUUCAAAAUCGAUGCGCGAAUUCGUGUACGGUCGUAGAGUUCGGAUGCCUUGGCUGAACAUGAUCAAUCUAUUUUUCGGAGGAGCGAUCAUUCGAACACCAGGGAGAAACUUCGCACGAACCCUUAUUUUCCUUUGGUUAUACUACUGCUUCGUGAUGCGGUCCCUCUACCAAGGUAGCUUGUUCGAAUAUCUUCAACAACAGAAGAACUUUUCUCACGUCAACACCCUGUGGGAAAUCGAACACGAAAAUAUGCCCUACUGGUUGUCCUACGCCGGGAAAAUGUAUCUUGAAGGAAUGCCCCAUAUUUUGGAAAGGUCGGAAACUAUUCCGGAGACCACAACAUUUUUCUUCGACGCCCACCGUAAGCAAGGUACGAACGAGCUCAACGUUGCCAUCCUGACAACCUUCGACCAGGUCGCCUACUACAACGAACACUUCUACACCCGGGGAAUCGUUUUCCCGACCGAUGAGGUCCUACUGCGGCAGCCAAUCUGUCUGUACUACCCGAAGAUAUCCUGCCUUACGGAGCUGUUCGAUGGACAGAUCGGAAACAUCAAAACCGCGGGCCUGAUCCGACACUGGAUGCACCAAUACGUCGGAUACCGGUUCUUUCGACGCGAGAAGCACCAACACAUACCGGCAGUUCUGACCAAUGAACACAUGAUCGGAUGCUACCAAUCGUUGUGGUAUCUGUUGAUUUUUGCCACCUUGGUGUUUAUUCUGGAGAUGCUGUCCAUGAGGUGUUCACGGCUGGCAAGAGCGUUCGACUUUCUGAUGCUGUGA